AUGACUCAACUGGGACAGCAUGUGAGAACCAAAAGGUACCAAGUAGUCUGUACAAGGCGAAGAAAAGUUCACGGGGACUUUAAACUGAGAUAUCCUGAGAAAGUAGUGAAGAGAAAGAGGACGUCCAAACGAAGUAAAGACACUAAAGACGGUACGACUUGCGAGAAGAUUGAUCGAACCUUGAGGUUCUCUUAUCAACAGAAAAUCACACAAAAGGUGAGUCACUUAGAAAACUGUUCAUUGUUACAAAACGAAGAUAAAUUUUCAUCAACAGAUAUGACUAAUAAAGCCUUGUAAGCUCAACAGAUUUGCACAACCUCUUAGCAAUGAGAAUAUGAUGAAACAGUCCCACAAUUUCUUUUCAGUACAGCCAUCAGAAUACCAUUUGAACAAACAACAAUAAAGUUUUGAAAUAACGAGAGCACUAUAUAGUUGUAAGAACGAGCUUUAACAGAGACUUUAAUCGUGACGAAAAUGGUGGGAAAGUUUCAAAUAUUUUGACGGGCAUUUUGACAAGUGUGGCAACCUUUUUGGCUCAGGAAAAUGCGGAGAAAUAGGUUAUAAACCUUAGAUAAACAUGGAGUUUUUUCCGGAGGCCACUGUUACCAUAAGCGAUUAAUAAGAGAAGUUGAAGAGUCAAAAUUAAGUAAUUUGAGAAGCGUCCUUCCUCUACUGGGGAACAACUACUUUCUAAUAAACAUAUGAAAGUUUCUGUGACCUAAACAUUUCAUUCAACCCUGCUUUUCCUCCAAUAGAGGCGGAAAAAACGAACUUUUUCACUGAUUCAACUGUAUUAUAUUGUUCACGAAGGAUUAUUUGCUUUGUAAAUGUAUUGACCAAUCAAAUCAUGUGAUGUAGUCUAACAAAUGUUGUGAUUGGUUGAAAAUGACAUCUUUCAUAAGACUUGUAAAGCAUGCUGCGUGGCGUUACCUUCGACUCGUUCUGGAAACACAUAUAAUUUGCUAACAACUUAAAACGAAUAGGUGGUCCUCUAUAACCUGUCCUAAGUACCAGAGGAAUAAACACAAGCAUUCGACCUACUAAAGAAUUGUCUACCAGAAGUUCUGCGUAUACUCUCUGAACCGCAGCAACCAACUCCGGAGGGAGUUUGUCACUUUAGUAAGCAAUAGAUUGUAGCAAAUCAAUUCAGAAUCUUCGUGUGCAGCAAUUAUAUAUUUCCAUAGUGAACUUGUGCAGUAAUCAAGCAAAAAAUUGCAUGUGAGGCUUUCUAAAUUACAGUGGCUUCUUUCAAGGGAAAGCAAAAUCCCUCCCGAUUCUGAUAGAUCAGUUAUCGCUUCUCUUCAGCUCAUUACUUACAACCUCCAAAAAGAAAAAAGAGAUAAGAAUUUGUCUACAAAAAGUAUAGCAAUUAUACGUGUUCACAAAACAAACAGGCAAGUCAAGCAUGUUUACAGAAAGUACAGCAAAGAAACUGUUUCAAAAUAGCCAGGAACCAAACUAUUUCAUAAAAGGAGUGUAACAAAUUUGAUUUCAUAGGUACAUUGUAAAGCAAUCAAAUCAAUCAAUCUUUCUAAAAAUGUACAGCAGCCCAAUUUGGUCACAAAAUGUUUAGUAGCCAAACGCCUUUACAUAAAGUAUGACAAACAACCUAGUUUGACAAGAACAACAACCACAGUUGACAAAAAAACGUGAAGCAACCAGACUUGUUCAACGAAGGUAAAACAACCUAAAUUGUUUACAGAAUGUGCAGAAACUAAGCUUGUUCAAAUAAAGCACACUAAAUAAACUUAUUUUCAAAAAAAUGCAACGACCAAACAUGUUAACAUAAAUCAUAGCAAACAAAUCUAUUCACUGCCCUGAAAAGUGCAACAAACCUGUUCAAAAUAGCAACCAAACUUGUUUAAAAUAGUAGAGUGCUCAAACUUUUCUACUGAUAAGGCAAUCAACAAAAUCCUCUAAAAAAAUACAGCAGCCAAAGUCAUCCACCAAAAUAAUGGCAGAAAAAGAAUAUAAAUUUGCUCAUAGAGAGCACAGAUACAAGCACUCUUCCGCGUGUGUACUUGCAGUAUCCAAAGCACCCUUCAUGGGACACUCCAUCCAACACAUCAACAUAAAUUACAGGGACUAAAGAUUUUAUGAAUUCGACCACGAAAAGAGGAGUAACCAUAAGCCCAAACAAAAAUACAAAAGACAAACUGCUUUCCAAAAAUGCAAGAACAAAACGUCUUCACGAAAUAGAGCACAACUACACUAGUUGCAAAAUGUACAGCAAGUGACGUUACGUACCAAAAUACAACAACCAAACCCUUAAGCGACAGCAACCGCUCUUGAACCCUUCACUGGUGGAACAACUUGUCCUUGAGUUACGACGAGUCAUCGAAAAUAAUCUUUAAAGUAAAAUUUUGUUGUCGUAAAUGGGAAUGAAGUACUUGUUGUAAGAAAGAUCGAGAUAGAUAUCGGCUGUUUACAAACUGGAAUUGUUUGUGUGUGUCGCCAUGUUGAAUCAUAUGAAGCGUUACGGAACAAAAGAGCUAUUGUAUGAUGAUGAUGGUGGAAACCUCAUAAAGUCAUAUGAGCCAACAGUUGGGCGCCCCCAAGAAAUUCGAGCACUAAUUUUGCUUUUCUUUGACUAAACUUUUCAUACAUUUCGGUUCUUAUUUCCAAAUUUUUGUCACGCAUCUUCAUAGUACAAGACGUUUUUAUCAUUUUAACGACAAAUUGUUCUACCUUUGCGAUGGACGAGCAUCCCAUCCAGGGGGGAGUAAUGAUACUGCUAGUCGCUACAUGGUAAAGAAACCGGGAUAAGCUUCGGCUGAGUGGGCCACUUGGCCCGAGUAAAGCUACUUUCCUUUUAUUCUACCAUUGGAGGUUUCCUUUAACAAAAUGAAGAGCAAUUAACUCGUCUUCAUAAAAAGUGCCACCAGACAUACUUCUACAAAUUACACCAAAAAGCUUUCCUCACAAAAAGUACAGCUACUGAAUAAAACUGCAGAAAGUACGGAUGAAAACAGUGAACCAACAUUUUUCAACAAGAGUUUUACAACUAAACUAUCAAACCCUCAGAAAAAGAGAGGACAGGAGCCAUAAGUUAAGAAGGAACCAAAGCUUUUUACAGUACGUAGAGUUAUACUGUAGAGCUGUCUAUAAAAUGUACAGAGACCAAAAUUUUGCACCAAAUCUACGGCAACCAAAGUAGUUGAGAGAAUAAACAGCAAUGUAAGGUCCCACUAAAAGUAUAACAACCAAACAUGUUGAUAUACAGUAAGUGUAUCGACAAAAGUUUCCAAAACUUUAACUACCAAACUAGCUCAAAAUUAUAACGUAUAGCCUCAGUUUGAAGUUGUCUACAAAUGCAUGGCAACCAAAGCUUGUUUUAGAAUGUAGAAACCAAAAAGUGCAUAUAAAGAGUUUGGGUCUGAGUCUUGAAGCGUCAUAUCACCCUGGAUCAAAUGGAACCCCAAGUUAUGCAAUGUUAUAGAAAGACCAUUUUAUUUUUUUAUCUUAGAAGUGAAAUAGUGGGAUUAUACUUUUUAUGAUGCUUUCAAGAGGUAAAAAUAAUCCGUAAAUUCGAAAAGCAGGGGACGUUUGCGCUAUUUAACUUAACCAAUUUUGUUUACAAAGACAGAAAACAACAGCAAAACGUUAAUACUGUAAGCGAUAUUACGAGAUACUCCGAUACGAAAGAGACCAUCAUAAUCUAUGAGGUGACGAUGGUAAAUCCAGAACUCGUUGAAAUUGAAGUGAAAUAAUGUUCUCUCAGCAAAUAUCGUCUGAACAACAGUAAGCGUUUUUUCUGAGCUUAUUUGAUUUGGUUGCGGGUUGUUUGUCUGACUGAAUGGCCGGUUAAUUGAUCGAGUGGCUUACUGACUAACUGAUAGACUGACCCAAUGGCUGACUGGCCAACUGUUCGCCUGACUGUAGUUGGUCUGCAGAUAGAUGUUCACUAAAGCUGCUGUUGGCUCCUUGGAGUGAGAAUUUAAUUACGGCAGUGACUGAUAUAUAUACAAUAUACAAUACAAUUUGUUCGCCAUUCAAAGAGUGACAUUAUCACAAAUAUCAUAAUAUAAUUAUAAAUUUAAGGUGGAGUACAUUACCAGAUAAACAAGUUUACAAUACCUUUUAAAUAACGAUAUUAUAAUGGAUGCAAGACAGCCUUCAGAAACCACGGGGCUUAUAUUUAUCGUUGAAUGCGUAAUGCAAUUCACUUAGCGAUCUUUCAAAUAUUUAUUACAGGUUCCCCGCCAAAGGUUUGUUUACAAGCUGAGUAGACACUCAAGCAACAUUGAACCAGAAAUGAGCGCUUCUCGCCGAUCUAAAUCAUCACCAUUUGACAGCCAGGCUGGAUUCUCUUCCGUAAAUUCGUUAAGCUCCACUAUUUCGCCUGUGGGGAACUCGUCGCACCAGUCAGUCAUGCCUCUGUCUCACUGUCCUCACUGCUUAUGUCCAAGGUUUCUGUCUGCAACUAAAUCGAGUGGAGGUAACGGAAGGAUAAUGGUUAGUGGGCGCCCAUCACAGAAGGAAGCGGAUUUACCUCUUCUUCCAGCUUCGGCGCGUUCAAUCCCCGUAUCCGUCAUUCAGAGGAUCAGUUUUUUAUGAACGACUUAAUUCUUACAAUAACCAACGAAUGACUAAUGUUCUUUAGCUGAAACUUUAAUCUUCUUGAUGAAAUUUUGCAGUAAAUAAUCGUAAUGACUAAAAAACUUUUUUUAAAAUAAUAAAUAAUAAAUUUAAUUUCUUCACGUAUCUCGUUACUUUCUCAUCGACAUCCUGAGCAAUAUUACUUUAAUCUUUAAACUCCAGCGUCAUAUUGCAAAUUCUUCAUACUGUUACCUAUAAAUUUCCUGAGAAUUUGUCCGACAAUCAAGGGCCUCUUGAGUUUACAAUCAUAACCUUUAUUCUCCCUCCGCAUUGCUUGAUUCAGGUUUGAUGUUGUUGGGAGAAAUUGGAUGCUUAUCGUUCUUAGGGGUUACAAGCUUUCGUUAACCUUAUAUGAAGAGGGUCACCUCCGCUGAUCAUGAACGUAGAUGUUCCUAGAUUUUUGGGGCAAACUAUUUUCACCCUAUCAAGUUACUAGUUAGAUGAGCAAUGUAUGUAUUUUUUAAACGCCCCCGCCUGUGUUUUUCCUGGUACAAUAAGCCAUGAAAGUGAGUGCACUAAGUAAGAAGUCUUUCGAAUCAGUGUUCCUCGGUUUAGUGUCGUAUACGUCACACGGUGUGUCUCAAGUUCAUUUUCAGUCAUUAAAAAUAUUAUUUGCUUCUCUUAAUGUUGUUGAUUCACAUUUUGAUCUUAAUGUGAUUUUUUAAUUAUGCAUUUGCGCCCUUGAGGAAAGAUCUCGAGAAAAGCUACGCUUUUUCACCUUUUUAGCAAAUGGUUAUUUCAAUGACUACCAUAAUUUUAAUGAUUACCAGAAGAAACGUUGGAGACACACGUCACGGUGGAGCCAGAGUCACGCUGUCUCAUACCACUGUCUAGUUGAGCCGGCUUCUUAGUUCACCGACCUUAAAACUUUUGUUGGAUCAUUUAGCACUCUCAUCAGGAUCCUUAUAAUCACGAAAGUGUCGGCCGAAUAUUUCGAUUGAGGUGAGUUGAUAAAUACAAAUCUAAAAGUAAGGAAUGAGGUUUUUUACGUAAUAAGUUUGAAUGAAGCUAGUUGAGCCGGCUAGGUAGCUCACCGGUCUCAAAAUUUUUGUGGGAUCAUUUAGGACUCUCAUUAGGAUCUGUAUAGUCACGAAAGUGUCGGCCAAAUACUUCGAUUGAGGUGAGUUGAUAAAUACAAAAGUGAAAAUACGGGGACGUAGGGACGUAGAAAACGUUCGAGUUCGGCAGGAGGAUUCAAACGCCAAAUUUUCCGAUUUCCGCGUUCUGAUACUCAACCUUUUUAUACAUACAAACUUGUUUGAUUAGUGUCCUGCAUACGGCUAGGCAAGGAACGGGGUUGUCGAAAGCGUGAUUCUCGAUGAAAAAGUUUUGUAAAUUAGUUCUACCGUCAUACCCAUCUCUGUUGAGUCUCUGAGAUGUUUUUCUCUAUCCAUGAUUGGCCGAGCGUAAAUUAUAUGAACUAAGAGACUUUAGUUUAGCUGUCAGUAAAAUAUUUUCAAGAGAAUCAUACCUAUAAAAUUGGAGGAAACACGUUUCUAAACAGGAGAGGUUACCGUGGAACCUUUUUGUUAUUCUAAAACAAAGCCGCAGUCCCUAAGGUAAUCUUUUGUUUCCGCAAUCGUUUUAUUUGUCCGUAAAUUGAAUGCUCGAUGAAUGAUAGUUCCUGAGAAAACUUCAGUCAAGACGUCAAAAUCUUAGCAUAACAAUUCUAAAGUGGUCGCUCCUGUAUUUCUGAAUGAUUCAGGUCAAAUAUUGAUAUUAUUACCAUAAAACUAAUUUGUUAAGUCUGCUCAAAAUUCGAAAGUGAACAAGACCAGCUUGUGUUUACAUAUAUACAUACAUGUACACCCGGUUUAAGAAACAUUGCAAAUUGGAAAAACAUAUCUUAAAUUUACAUUCUAUUUCUUUUCAUGAAACAGUUGAUGGACCAUGCAUGUAUAUUCCACAUCUAAGGAGUAAUACCUUUUCUGUUAUUGUUUAAGCUUCACUGUGAAUAUCAAUGUUCUUUUACACUACUGAAUUUUACAUCGUAGAUAAAACGACAAAAGAACAAAUUAGAAUGAAAAAAGCUGCAGCUUUUCUCUUUUACCCAUCAAUUCCUGAUCUUCUCAAUGCCUGCUGCAUUAUAAUAGCUCUGAUAUUCGCUGGUGUAUCAUAGAGCUAUACUUAUCCCUAUGAUUUAUUCUGUCAGCACCUUUUUAAUUGAAAAAGGAAAGGAAUAUUUAUUUUAUCUAUAUUUUCAAAUUGAAAAAUUUUUUAAAAUAUAUAUAUAUAUAUAUAUAUAUAUAUAUAUACAUAUAUAUAUUUAUAUGUUUGUAUAUAUAUACAUUCAGAUGUAUAGGUUUCAAAGGAAUAUAUUUCAAAUACCUUGCCUAAACUCAGAGACUAUUGGAUAAUUUUUUGCAGUUCUUUGGGCGAACAAUUUCUGAUUUCUAAAUGUAAGUCCAACAGGUACAGAACCUAAAUGUUAUGUUUAUUGGGGCACCAGAGAGAUUGGCAACUAUCAGACAGCUAAUCAUAUAACCAAUAUAUCAAUGGAACCUUAGUCAUAGGUUACAUAAUAUAAAUAUUUUUCUAUUUCUCAAUACUCUAGGAAAAACAUUAUCGUAAUGAAUCAGCAAAAAGAAGUUCCUUUCACCAGAAGAGCUCUGAAGAGAGUCAGUGAAGCUAACUCAAAGGAAUAUGAAUUUUCUAUUGUCACCUACAACAUCCUUGCUGAUUAUUGGAUACAACAGAAUUCAGGGAAAGCAGACUCUUACAACUAUUGCCCAAAGGAAUACAUGAUCAGAACAAAUGGAAGAGCCUCACAUCGUCAUGUACUGCUUAUGGCUGAGGUACAAAAAGCAGUUUCAAUUUUUAAUAUUUCUUGACCCACAGAGAGCUAGUUAUCUUGGGCAGACUACUAUUAAUUCCUUAUGAAGUAAAUACUUGGUAAAACCUCGCAGAAUACCAACAAAAUAAUUCUACAAAUGCUAGAACAUAAUUUUUUAUGCUGUAGUAGAAAGUUACUCAUGUUACCUCAUGAUUUUAAGUGUGAAAAUUUUGAGCACUUUGUUAUAGCUCUUGAUGUCUUUCAAAGGUGUGUGCAUGUAUAGAAUGUGUCUUCAUGUACAUGUAUUUCAAAGAUUGUGAUAGCAGGGUGACUUGGGUUGCUAGUCUUAAUUAGAAAGGAAUGAAAAGGGACUGCAUGAUACAGGAUCCUGGUUUUUUCAAAUAUUUGAAGGUUUUCUGAUGAAACCUACCUUACAACCAUAAAACACAGUUUACACAACUUCUUUUAAAUUUAUGUGCAGUUAUUUUGUUUCUUUACAACUUUGUUUACCUAACACCCCAUCUUUGGUACCAUAUUUCUAUGUUAGUUUCACUUUGUUUACAAAUUAUAUAAAUUUCCAUCUAGAGGUACUUAUUGGUUUUGUGUGUUUCUGUGUGCUGCUCCUCAUUGUGAUGCAUGCAUUUAAUGUUUUUCAUAUUUUACAUUUAACACUUUAACUCCUAUGCGUGAAAUAGAAUUUCUCCUUACAAUAUUAUCACAAUAUCAAGCAGACAAGUGAUGAGAAUAAAGAAAAAUAUCAGUUAGGGGAUUGUAAAUUUAUCUAAUACCAAAUUCUCCAAACUAACAUCACAAAAACUGCAUGGCAGACAGUAAGGAGAAUUACUAAUGAGAUCUUGGGGGUUUAAGGGUCAAUAUUUUGUUUAUUGGAUAAGGCAUAUAUUGCACUAAAUGCCUGUUUUGAAAAACAAAUUCUAAUCAUUUAUGUACUAGUGAGUCAACAUUUUCACCAGUCCUACCUGGUCCUGCGUGUGUCUAAACAAUUUUUUCUUUAUUAUUUAGUUAAGAUGGCUUGACAGUGAUAUCAUCUGCUUGCAAGAGGUUGAUACAUCUUACUUCAAUGAGAUUCUGAAAGAGGAAUUAUCUGAGCUGGGUUAUGAAGGUCUUUUUGCAAAGAAGUGUAUGGGGAUCCCAGAAGGGGAGGCACUGUUUUUUAAGAAGAACAAGUUUUACCUCCAAGAAACAAAGACAGUUUAUUUGAAUGACAUGGCAGAGUGCACCUUUCAGCAUACUGAGAUACCUCUGUUUUGGGAGGUUGCAUUACUUGCUACAUUGAGGCACAAACUUAGUGAUUCUCUUCUAGUAUUGUGUAAGUUAUUUAUUUGAAUUCAUGAAAAUAUGAUAUCAGCAUAAAUCAUAUGAGAAUAAUUACAUUUAAAUAUAUAAUAAUAACAAGAAUAGCCAUUUAAUGGUGACUGAUAUUUUAACUGAUACAGAUAGGAGUUGUUGCAUGUAUGCAUUUCUCGGUAAUUGUGAAGAACAGCUCCCCUUGGGACAGAUUGCUGACAGCCGGCCAACAGAUUACCAACAGUUGGCCAACAGAUUACCAACAGUCAGCCGAUAAAUAACCAACAGUCAGCCGACUGUCAGUGAGGGGAGCUGUUCUUCACAAUUACCCAUUUCUCUUUUCAGUUCCAUUCAAUCUAAAGUCAUAGAACUUUUUGAGAGCAUUGGAAAAACUGGACUGUGGGAAUAGAAUUUCAUUUGUUUAAAAGUUGUUGGUUGAAUACAUUUUUUAACCUUCAUCUCUAAUGUUUCUUUCCUGUCAGGGCGUAUUGCUUUUAAAAAUUGUAAUAAAAUUAUCAUGUUGAUAACUUGAAACUGUUAGAUGUGCAGUAACAUAAAUACAAGGUGCUAAGAAUGAGUAAAUGAUCAUGAACAUAGAUUGAAUAAUCAUUAUGGUAAAGGUUUCUUUAACCUCAUAAGUUUCACUUAACAAUUUUGCACAAUUAAACUAUAAAUAUAGAAUUGAGGUAUUCAAUAGUAAAUUUACAUCUUCUAGAUAAAGCACUGUACAUAUAUGUGACUUUUCACUUGUAGCAUAAAAAAUUUCCUACCUUUUGAUCUUAAAGAGGGAGUAAUAAUGAUGAAAAUUAUGAUAAAAAUGAUGAUUGUCACAAUGUUGAGUUGGCUGGUAAUUAGAUCUUUGGGGACUAGCCUCUCUAUGGUGGAUCAGUCUUUUCCGGCAAAAUGUUAAGAAACAUGUGUAUGUACAUUAAUUUUAUUUGGUUGUAAACUCUAGUUGAAUGGAAAUGUUAUACUAUUUUGUUAUACUGAAAUCUGUGCCAGGUGUACAUCUACAUGUAAUAUACAAGUUGUACCAAGUACUGACAACAUCCUUUCCUUUUGCCUUCCCCAGUGAUACCUCUAGCCUAAUUAAUCCCCUCUUUUGCUUUAACCUUGAAGGUGUAACACAUAUACGAUGGGGAGAUUUGAAAGAAACUGUUUCCCAAGUUUGUCAAAUAGCAAUGGUCACCAAAGCCCUUUAUGAUAUGGUUUCAUCACUGCAGGAGUCUGACGGUAAUAGAGUGGCGCACAUUCUUUGUGGAGACUUCAAUAUUGAGCCUCAAUUUCCUGCCUACAAGCUUCUGGCAGAGGGAAAACUGACAGAUAAAGAGAUCAACACUCUGAAGGGUUAUGAUUACAUAAGAUGGGGUCGCGACACAUACAUGGAGAAAACAUUGCAGGUAUGGGGUAGUACAUGAAUCUAAAUUGCACAAACCAUGAAAAUGUCUCACUGAAUUCACUAAUUACUGCAUAAAGUAGAGGAAUUGUAAAUUCAGUUGGUAGAUAUCAGAUUUUGUUUGUAAAUGUCUUACUUGGGCUCUCAAUUCAAAGAAACUCUGUCUUAGGCACCAAACCUAACAAGCAGAAAAAACAUAAGCAGCCACAUUAGUGACCUAUGGUGAUUUUGGGCAUUAAGUGACCUCCCUGGAAAUUCUUCUCAGUAGCAGCCUUUAAGAGGAAAAUUGAGUCUUCAAAAAGUGUAAAGUUGUGUUAUUCAUUCUAUUGCAAGAAACCUUUAAUACCACGAUAAGUAUUAUGAUACUAUCACCCAUGUGUUUUACAAUACAGCUGUUACCGGAUCAAGUGUCACUUUUACACAAGACUGAGGCACAACUCAAAAAUCCACUUGUCAACUUGCAAAGUGCCUACAAGAGCAUAAUGGUAAGUCUGUAAAAGUAAUGGAUAAAUAAUAGUUAUUAAAUGAAUGUCAACAAUUACUUUACACAACUCAGUUGAUUUUUGGUUAUUGAAAUAAAACUUACUUGUGAAAUACCCUGCCACAUAUCCCAGAGGAUCUUCUUGUACAUCAGGUUUGCUCACUCCUUAACAAGUUAGCAUGUAAACAUUCAACUAUGACACAAACCAUCAACUUCAUUAUUGGAACACAUUUAUUUUACAUUACUUACUUAAAUAAAUGACAAACUCUAGGGUGCAGAACCUCAGUGUACUAACCACGAAGGACCUGAAUGUGUGUGGACUCUGGACUUUAUAUGGUUUGACUCUAGGACUCUAGAGGUCACUGCGGCUUUAGAGACAGUUCCACCUUCUGAUAUUGAGCCAUAUACUGGCCUGCCUAAUAAGUAUUUUCCCUCAGAUCAUUUGUCACUUAAAGCAUACUUCAAGUUUGCCUCUAUGAAAAACAAGAAUGAGUUUUAACAUAGAUCUUGCAUGGAGUAGAAUAUUGUGUCGAAAUAUAGAGGGAUUGUGCAUCUGAAUUUUCUCACAUUUUAUAAUGAAGAGGCAGAUAUUUGAAAUUUUAACAGGAUCAGGCUAAUUUUGUCUUAGCUUUGGUUUUACUUGAUAUACACUGUGUUGAAAAUCAGUUUGUUUCUUGCACGAAAAGUGAGAAAAUAUUAAGCAAAAUUUGAUUACUAUCUUAAUGAUACUUUUAGAUAUUAUAAUUCAACAAUAAUUACUAAAUGAACCUGAUGUAAAUAAGAUGAUAAAAGUCAACUCAAGAGGAUUGCAGCCAAAUUGAAUGUAUCUAUUCUUUAGCUAGUGCUUUUGAUUCGCUGUCCAUGUUUCCCAACAUCCCUUCUUUGUCUAUUCCAUAUAUUCAGUGUUUCCUACGCAUUCUCAGCAUUUGCAUAAAUUUGGUUUUAUUGGACUUUUCACUUUCAAUCGUCGGGAAAUGACGUAUUCAUCGUGAACUGUGGCCAACCUCACUAAAUCUAUCCACGGAAUAGACUUGACCUGAAUUUGGUAGCUGGCACUUAAUUUCUCUAUUACUGGCGAGUGUUAGGGAGCGGCACCACUUCUCAUUACAACCCAAAGAAAAUUCAGGUUUUGUCGCAAGAUAGCAAGCAUACGCAGUUGGUCGGUUUUCAUUGUCUGGGAUAUUCAUGCUUUCGAUGACGUCAUGUAGAAUUGCACGUGGAUUCGGCUUUGUUCUAGUUUCUCAAAAUUUUGUCACGAGACAAGUACAAGCACAAAACGCCUUAAGCAGAUAAAAAGUAAAAUUAGUCAGGAUUUACAAUUUGGUUGAACAUUUUAGAGUGUCAAAAGUUUACUUAAUCAAUAGUUAAUUAUUUACCUAGUUAAAAAAUCAGUACUACUGAAAUACUAAUUAAGAAAAAAAGAAAGUUCUUGAUUCAUAAUAACAAUAACGAAAAAAUUAGCAUAGACCUUGUCAAAAAAAAUAAGUAAACAAUUUCUUGCGAAACACUGAUAAGGUGUUAGACUCCCUAAUGUUAGGAGUUAGUUCAUUCCAUGAGCAACAAACCCGAAUGAAAAAUGAAUUCUUAAAGAUUCUGUUGGAAUAAAAGGGACAUUACGUGUAAGGUAAGCAACCGCAUUUCUUAAAGGC